UUAUCUCCUGUCGUCCAUCUUUAAUUACCUCUGGUGCCUGCUUUUCUGGUAACUGCUGAUUACAAAUGGCGGAGAAGGGGAGGGUGUACGUGACAGGGGCAGGAGGGUACGUAGCUUCAUGGUUGGUGAAGCGUCUCCUCUCCAAUGGCUACACCGUCCACGGAACGGUCAGAGAUCCUCAUGAUGAGAAAAAUGCUCAUUUGAUGAAAUUUGAAAAAGCAUCUGAGAACCUGAAACUUUUCAAGGCAGACCUGCUGGAUCGCAGUUCAGUUUCUGCAGCCAUCAAAGGAUGUGAUGGAGUCUUCCACGUUGCCAGUCCAGUUCCCUCUGGCAGUGUACCCAACCCUGAGGUACAACUAAUUGAGCCAGCUGUAAAGGGUACACUUAAUGUACUCGAGGAAAGUUCUGAAGCAAAUGUCAAGAGAGUGGUGGUUGUAUCUUCUGGGGCUGCUGUUUCCAAGAACCCUGCUUGGCCUGAGGGUCAAGUGAAGGAUGAAGCUUGUUGGUCUGAUAAAGAAUAUUGCAGAAAAACUAACAAUUGGUAUUGCCUUUCCAAAACAGAAGCAGAAAGCGAGGCACUGGAGUUUGCAAAAAGAAGUGGACUUGAUCUUGUGAGAGUGUGUCCAACUUUUGUUCUUGGGCCAAAGCUCCAGUCUUCAACAAAUGCUACUAGUUUGGUUCUCAUUAAGCUUUUGAAAGAAGGAUAUGAUGAAGUUGAAAACAGGUCACGGAUGGUGGUAGACGUACGGGAUGUAGCUGAAGCGUUGUUACUGGCAUACGAGAAGCCUGAAGCCGAAGGAAGAUACAUAUGCACAGCUCACUUUAUAAAUUACAAAGAUAUGGUGGAAAUAGUGAGGAAAAUUUACCCCAACUACAAUUAUCCUAAGAAGUUUAUUGAGGGUAAACAGAGUGAAAAGCUGAGUUCAGAGAAAUUGCAGAAGCUGGGAUGGAGAUACAGAGCAUUAGAAGAGACUCUAGUUGAUUCCGUCGAAACCUACAUACAAGCAGGACUUCUGGACUGAAAUAUCUUUUCUUCUUGGCACCUGUGUUGUGUUGUAGUGUUUUCAAUUUGCACUUCACCCAGCAUUUCUCUUAUCCUCAGCCUCGCUGAAAUUCUUAUUCUAUACAUGUUAUCAUCCUUCUUAUUCUAUACAUGUUAUGGAUGAUGAGAAACGCCAACUAUUGGAGUAUCAAUGCAAAGGUUUAAUCAAUUUUUCAAAAC